AUGUCAAACAGAAAAAAAACACAUUGGUUUGUUAAAAUGUCUUACUUUAAAGAAAAAUGCCUUGGAGUACAUCCGCCAAAAUGGAGUGAUGAGGAAAAUCUGAAACACAAAAUGAUCACAUCCGAGGAAUGCAUGCAACUAAAACGCGAACUGGAAUCCGAGGCUCACGAAGAAUUCGAGGUCAGCCCAAUGAUCCUAUGCCUGAUGCUAACCUUCUUGCUUUUUGUGAUCGGAUUUUGGAUCUGGCUGAUCUCCAGGAGCUGCUUAUUCGUCCAGACCGAAGGGGAUGGGAAGAAGGAAGCACGGCUUGCUGGAGGAUAUAGUCCUGCACCCAGUGUCUCCGAUAGUCAAUUUCUAGCAGGAUCAAACAAAGAUCCAUCCAGUGGUGCAAUACAAACAGAAAGCUCCAAUACUACACCCGAAAUCGAUGUGCCCUCACAUCUCUUUGCCAGCUGUCCAAUAGGCGUUUGUCGUGAAAUGUCCUACGGAGGUCGAGGCCGUGGUAUACUAAAGGCCAACUACUGUUCCUUAAUGGAAUUGCCACACUCAUCGCUAGUCGCAGAAAGUCAGCAGGAUUGUGGAGCAGCUAUGAAAACAAAUAAAGGGUUACCAACACAAAAAGCUAGCGAAUCUUCUUCAAGAAACUUCUCUUUACCGGCUGCUAAUGAACCGGAACCUUUUACUAGUCAGGCUGAGGCAGGAUCACCACAAACUUAUGGCAGAGCACCCUCAAAUUUUGAAAGGUCAAGCCCUGUGCCCAAAAGAAAAUACAGUAUAAAAUGGGCCAGUUUUAUAAAGCGAGUUGGAAAAAAUCGGUCCGAUUCUCAAAGCUCUCAAUGAUACUAUACAUGCUUCGUAGUUACAUAUAUUAAAAUUCCAUGAUAAUCGCUGCUAUUGUUUAAAUAAAAUAUUUAAAUUCGACAAAAUAUUCCAUAAUUAUAAA